ACAAAAACCAUACACAAAUGACAAAGGAUAAGAAACCGUUUUGCUGCUGUUUGUUCGAAACCAACUUGGUUUAAAAUAGCUAAAAGGGGACGCAAGAAAAUAAAUCCGAGCAGGGAGCCGUGUGUAAAAAGGCACAUAAAAGGUGUACAGGGAAUAACUAAGAUCAAGAGAGUGUGGAGCCAUGAAUCUAAAUGACUUUGUUGUGAUUUCCAACAAGCCCAAGUCAGUCAAGCUCAAUGCCAGGAACCUGCGAGAGCUGCGCAUGGAGACAGUGACGCUGGCCCAGGAGAGUAAAGACAUGGAGGAUCGACUGCAACAACUCAGAGAGAGCAUGAGCCGGGAGAAAGAGGAGAGAGAGAGGUUAGGUGGUUUCCGUUGGAAGUCAGGGCAGGCUGGAGCUGUGAAUAACCACUGUGCAAAGAGGAACAAGGAGAGUGGACUCCAAAAGCUGUCAGCAGGCAAGGUGAAGAUACGGCUCCUCAAAGAUCACCCUCAGCCAGAAGUCUGCAGGGUGGGAGAGAAGGAGAAGGCUACAGCUGUUCUCUCAGGUGGUCAUGUGUCCAGCAGUAAGACCAGGCUGAGGGGGAAGGUGUGUGGCCAGUGUGAGGCUAGGGCCGCUGGACUGACAUGUGCAGAAUGUGGAGAGGACUACUGUGUCGGCUGCUUUGCCAAGUUUCAUCAGAAGGGGGCACUGAAGCUCCACAGAAUGAUCCCCAUUCAGACAGAGAUCCAGACCUCGGUGAGCACGCUGGAUGUUGUGAGUCACUUCCAGAGACAAGUUCAGCCCAACCCAAAGUCUGAUUCCCAGAUGGCUGGGAGAGGUGGAGGGGCGAGGGGGCCGGAGAGAAGGACCCAGGCCGCUCCCGCUGUUACACAUACCCACAAUGCACAGGGAAGCCAGGUUUUAGUUGUGAAUCCCUUCGGGGAGGAGGAAGAGGAGUUUGAUGAACUGGAGGAUGAAGAGGAGAAGGAGAUGCAGACUACCUCACUGCUGGGAGGACAAUAUGAUGAGGAGGAGUCAGCUCUCUCCUUUCAGGAGGCACUCAGGCAGUGGAGAGGAGAGAGAAGAGAUGGAGGAGAGAGAGGAGAUGCAAUCUGGAGACCCUUCCAAGCACGGACAGUAUCAGUGGAAGUGAUGGGGACCCAGUCAGACCUGAGUGACAGUGGGGCUGAGAGAGGACCAGUGAAGGUGGAGUUCACCCAACACAGUCUCAGUUACAUGGACAGACUUCUCAUCAAGAGACACCGCAGGAAGCCGAUGGAAGCCUAUCAACCAGUGUCCUCCCUGGUCUCAGUGCAGAGCUCCCCAACACACACACUGACAGCUGAGGAUGUGGAGUUGAGGAGGUACUGUGCCUCGCUGUUUGCUGUGUCAUCCUGCGGGGGCAGCGCUGAGCCAGAGCCCUCACCUGGAUCGUGUCUGAGCAUAGAGGAGUUAGAUGAGACAGUUAGAGACAGAGGGUUUGUUACUGAACAGAAGGCAGAUGACAACACUAAGCAAGAGGAAGUCAAUGCAAUUGGAGGUCCUAACCUGUCCCACAAUGCAUUGUCCCAGGGAGCCAUGUUGUCUGGGUCUCCAGUGACCUGGUCACCUCGCCCUCCAUUGGUCUCUAAAGUGGGGACCACACAGAUACCACAACCUGACCACACUAGUGUACGGUCUCCAAGGUCCACCACUGCGUCACCUCAGCCCAGAGGACCAAAGACCCCUGGGUCGACAACCAAGACACCAGCCAAGUCAACACGAACGGACUGCUCUUACAACCUCCAUCAGUCAACUCUAGACCCCUCAUCCCUCAGCCCUUCUCCCUCUACACCCAAUCCAGAGCUCUUAUCUGCAGGGCCCCCAUUCUCUCUGUCUCCCUCUACACCCAAUCCAGAGCUCUUAUCUGCAGGGCCCCCAUUCUCUCUGUCUCCCUCUACACCCAAUCCAGAGCGCUUAUCUGCAGGGCCCCCAUCCUCUCUGUCUCCCUCUCCACCCUCUCUCCACUCCCUCAGGCCCCCAUCCUCUCUGUCUCCCUCUCCACCCUCUCUCCACUCCCUCAGGCCCCCAUCCUCUCUGUCUCCCUCUCCACCCUCUCUCCACUCCCUCAGGUCCACAUUCACUCUCUCACCUUCGAGCCUCUUGGAGCCAGAGUCACCUCCGUUACCCAAAGGUCUUCAGGCCUCCAGAUUUAUUUCCCCCAAACACCUGCCUGACAGGUUGUCACCUCCAAAACCUCUCUCCCUGAAGUCUCAGUCAUCGCCGUCACCACCAGAGCCCUUAUCGUCCGCCUUACCGUACUCUCAGUCACCUAGGAAACGAUUAUCCAGCAGGUCACAAAAUACCAAGUCACCUAGUGACCCUCUCUCUCCCGUGUCACCAGGAAGUCCUGCGUCCUACAGGUCACCUCCAAAACCGUUAUCCACCAUGUCAACGCCAUCACCUCCAGAUGCUCUGUCCUCUAGGAAGGUGUCGAUUCCAUCACAAGAGGAACCCCUAUCCACCCAGUCAGCCAUGUCAUCCCACCCCUCUCCUUCUCUUUCCCUGAUGAGUGACCCACCACCACACUCCUCUGACACACUGACAAACUACAGCUCCCAGCAGACACCACGAGUGCUCUCAGGGUCAGGGAUCAGAAAGUCACACAGCCCAUCUCUCUUUCCCAGGAUGCCUGCAACAGAUGUUGACACAGAGUCAUCCAGUGACAGCCCGGGCCUGAUGCCCUGCGAAGAAGACUCCUCAGACGAGGAGAUGAAGAUGGAUGGAUGUUUAGAGGAGUGGGGGGGUAGUGCGGAGCACAGAUGCUCUACCUUCCUCUCUCCCACCCUUCUCCCAGAGGGUUCCCCUGUCUUCCUAACAGCCCUGGACCCAGAACCAGAGACAGGAGAGCUGGUCCCAGAACCAUCCAUGGCGCUGCGUGCUGUGGCCCAGAGAGAGCCGUCCGAGGCGCGGAGCUUCUGUGGUCUUGAGGGCUUCCUCAUCCUGAUGGACCUCGGUUCUCCACAGCCCAGCCCACGUCCCACACAUUCUCACCCAGACACACAGGACAGCGUACACACACUCACAACAGGGGCAGACAGCUGGAUGCCCUGUAGCAGCCUCAGAGGCUGUGCUGAGGAACACCUGGUUACCACGGUGAUGAUGAACAGCCUCAGUCACGUAGCCACACCCACCCGGAGAGGAGCAUCCUCUGGUCAGGGGCUGUAUACAUCUGGUAGAUCUACUCCAAGGCGGUCCUCCCGUCCUACCAGUGCUCUGUCUCGCCCUGUCUCUGGCACCAUGUCCCAUCCCGUGUCCCGUCCUCUGUCUCGGGCGGCUAAGGAGAUCCUGGACAUCUGUCUCGUGGACCAGACCGGCUGUGAGGACCCUGACCUGGAGCAGGACAUAGACACACAGGCUCUCAGCAGCCUGGUGGAGGAGUUCCGAUUGAUGGCUACAGAAUGUCUCCCAGGUUCAGAACUGUCCCAGGUGUCCACCUCUGCUGGGGGCGGAGCUGAAACAGAGGGGCGUGUCAGGAGGCGGGGCUCCCUCAGACUCGGAGCCAGCGAGUGUCAUUCAGACGAGGAGGAGGAGACUCUGAGAGACCAGCAGAGUGUCCUGUCACUUCCCUGACCCAUUACACUCUCAACAUGGUAACACUCAGGAGACACUCUCAACAUGGUAACACUCAGGAG